AUGCCAUUUGCCAGUUCCGAACAUUUGGUGCCGGUCGGCUCGAUCCAUGGUAUCCAAAUUGACGGUGAUGCAAUGGUCUCGGCAAUCCGCUUCGGACAUCCACUUGCAAUUGAACAAUACAAUCAAUGUCCUCGUCAACUACCGCAGUCCAAACUAGGGUCAAAUCAGGAAAAUUGUGUUACCUCAAUUGUCGAGUGUCGAAUGGCGACGGACGAAAAUCUCCAAGCUGCCUACCGACGUGAUUCCACUAUUGAUCCACGCAAACUGGGCAAUGAAUUCAGCCACAGUACUUUCGAACUAUUCACCCCAGUUGAAGAACGAGGAAAGGUGGAGGAAAAUGUGUUUGGAUGGCCAGAAUUACAACGAGCAACUUCCUAUCAGCUGGUUUUUGAUGUGGACGAAUCUGAUCCGGAGGAGAUUGAACUACCAGUUCCACUCAGUCAAGAUCGAAGGGCUAUUAGUCAAUUCAAUUUGAAUUAUGCUACUCCAUUGAAACACUUUGAGAUCGAAGAUGAGAACACACAAGUUGAAAUGAACCCAGAGAAAACAGCUGAACAAAAACGAAAUGUAUCUCGAACGAAGCGGGUUUCAUCGUCGUUAGCAAGGAAGCCUGCAGUGACGGCCGAUACGGUGCAAAGAAGAACGGCAGCGCAUGGAACUCUGCCUCGAAAGGUUAUCAGUCGACCGGCUUUAAAUCCCCUUUUAACAGGCCAGAUCAAGAAGCCGCUGGUAUCGCGGCCACCAAUGGCUGCGUCAUUAAAUACUCAAAAGGAAAUCAGUCGUUCUAGCCGGCAACUACCUUUUGUUACUGAGGGAACACAGGUGGGAACCGAGGUUCGUCCCAAACGAAUCUAUAGACCCACUUUGCCUUACGAAGUUGAACAGCUUGAGCAGCUGUCAGACGAGGAAUCCGUGGUUUCCGUGCCCAGUUAUCGUAUCUUAUUCCGUAGUAAAAAUCAGACAACACCGAUUGGGGAAUAUCCACCCCGACCCAACUCAUUGUGGAAUGGUUCACGCAAUGUACAAUUGGAAAAUUAUACGCCGGUCAUACGUGGAUCUGACCCACGCCGGGCCACAAUUGCCGGGGCAAUCAAAAGAAAUUCAAACACCCCAACCCCUAUCCGAUCCCCUUUGACAAUACUAGAUCAACAAUGGGAUCAAAUAUUACCCGUGAUACCCACUGUAGUUCCAGAUAUAUUAGCUCCCGUCAAUCAGUCUGGGGUUUCCGCUGAUAACACUAUAUCCUCCAAUUCAGAAGAGAAUCACCCACCCUAUGUUCACUGGUUCACUCAGAUGAAACAGAAAUCACGUCCCGUCUCCAUGGCAAUUUGUGAUGAUCCUGGUCCUAUCGGUCCAGAGCACGAUCGCACUCGUCUCACAUCUCCUAGCAGCCCACAGUCAGUCAGUCCGAUCAUGAAUGGGACAGGAGCACAUGUAGAAAAUGGGGCGGUUACAAAUGGUUGCAAUCCUACAAACGGUUCACACGUUCCCGAUCGAAGUGAAUCAGAUAAAUCAAAACAGGAAAAUCAACUGCCAUGUACAAACGGGAUUCUUAAUGGCCAAUUGAACGGUACACAAGAGGAGGACGAAAAUGUUGACGAACCUUUAUUGCUCAUUGAUUGUAUUCCAAUGGACGAGAACGUUUGUGUUGUGCAACAGCCAAUAGAAGCAUGGCCGGUGAAAUCUAUUCCACCAGAAGUCGCGCAAGUUGUCCAACCAUGGAAUAAUCGCCUCAGUUUGCGAAUGGAGGCCCAAACAUUCAGUCAUCCAACAGAUGAUGCACCAGACCCUGAAGAUAACGGUGAUAAUACGGAGAGUUUACUGUCCGGAAUGACCAUGCGCAGUGAGUAUGGCAACUAUAGCAUGGCGUUCGAUGAGGGUGCUGAUGUACCGGGACAUUCAAUUCACGAUCCACGUUACCCGGAUAGCCAGAUUUCCGAAGAACCAUCCAAGUUACUAUCCCAAUCUAAGGAAAUCAAUGGUAUCAUUGGUUCAAUAUUACCGCCUCAGACCAUAAAUUCCAAACGAAUAUCUCAGUUAAAUUCGAAUGGCGUGGACAAGUCGGAACCACCUGCGGUCCUGCGAGUUUCCCAAACAACCGAUGAGCCUCGGCGACCGGAGCCAUCAACAAUUAUCAUGAAACGUUCCAGCACGAACCAGUCUAAACUUCCGACGCGAACCCCCAGUGACCUGCGUCGUGUGGUACUAGAAAAACAAAUGGUUUCGGAAAUCCCUGAGGCACCAAUCAAUAACGUAGUUGGUAGAGAAACGGAGAACGGGACACUAGCAUCCAGUUCAGUUCAACCCCCAAGUUCACCUGAAAAAUCAUCCAAUGUGUCCAAACUAUUUCGAGGUUUACAAGGAAGAAGAAGCUUCCUUAAUGGGAAAUUGACUCCGAAACCAGCACGUAAAGCAGAUGCGAAUGAACAAAACUCUUCGCAUGAAAUGAAAUCCAAAGUUAACGGGCAUAAUUCAAGCCCCACAGUGACAAGUCCCAUUUCCAAUGGACACACCCCAACGAACGGUGAAAAACCAGAGGCUGCUUCAUCCAAAGCAAUGCACAAUGACAACAUUCGACAGUUUGUACAAUCUCCAAAAAAAUGGUUCAGCAGAAAACUCACCGGCGUCAAGAUGUGA